UCGAACUGAGGUGAUUAAAAAGAGUCCUGAUAAAGGAACGAAAAAGUGUGUCUGUGUCUGUGAGUUGCCAAACAGCUUUAUUUUAAAGCUGCGACUCACAGAUGUGGCCGUCAGUCGGUUGUUACCCAAUCAUAUAGUCGGUAUCAGUCGUGUGCAUUUGUAUUUUGCCCUAUUUUUCACGGCCUCGGGGUGACUGCCCGCUCGUUCCCUGACGUCACUAUCUGCGACAGCGCAAUCUGCUUUUAUUUAUCAUCAUCUUACCGAUCAGCGACACAUUUUCGGUCUGUUCCUUUAUUGGAACUGAAACACGCACAGAGUUUUGUCCAGUCCGUUUAUUAUGAAUUCCAGAUUCGGGCAAAACAGGCGAUUGGAUGAAAGUCUUUUUUUUUUUGGUUCCCUUUUAUUAUUUUGUCGGAACAAAUAAAUACAACUUAUGUCAGGGCUGUUUGAGAGAGGGGUUCGAUGUAGGUCACUUUCGCUAUAAGCGCACUCGCCUGGUUCAUCGAACUCUUGGCCACCCGAUGACGUCAAAGCGACCCCCCAACCCCACUCUGUUUGGUUUGCCGAUCUUUUUUCGCGAACCAGUUUAUCGAUCGACCGCUAGAUGGCAUCACUUCCCAUUUCUAAAAAAGAAUCCCCCCCAAUGGGUGGGAACGUGCACGAGGUGAAUGGACACAUUUGUGUGUGACUGGGGAGUCUAGCCACCGCCUCCUCCUUUUUUUAAAAAAGAAACUGGGGGGAAAGGCGGAGCCAACUCACAGGGGUACUGGAUCGAUUCGGAGGUCGUCGCCCGACAAGUAGGUCACGGCCAGCUCCCUCCGGGGCAAUGGUCUCCCCCCAAGUAGCGCACGAGGCUAUCGCAGUGCACUGCACUCUCUCCUCUUUCCUUUUUUUUUCCAGCUUGGCUUCGACCGACCGACGAGAGGGGGGGAUGAAUUCUAAAAACAGGAAUUUUUUUUUCCUUUUUCCUGUCUUGUGUUUUUGUCGGCCUCGUACGUACAUAGGGGGGAGAAUCUAGUUCAAUCCUCCCCCUCAAACAAGGGAAAGUUACGUUAGGGUAACAACCGAAAAUUUAGGGGCUCCUAAAAAUAUUCCAAAUUCUUUUCGAGAGAAAGUUGUUGCAACCCCCCCACUUGUCUACGUAAAAAUAACCCACACACAUGGCAAAUAUAAUUUCGUGCUAAAGAACUUUAUCGAUGACACGUUUAUACACGUGUUUUUUCGGGGGAAAAAAAGGAAAACCGAAAGUUUUUCGUUCAAAAUGUUCUUCGACUCGUAUUGAACAAGGAGUCGUUUUAAGCAAAGCUUUUCCAGUGUGUUUGGGGGGGGGGGAUUGUUUUUCCUUCUUUUCUGGAUGUGUCAAAAGUCAGUAGUUCACUAGGUUCAAGGAUAAAAGUAGAAAUGUUUUGGGCAAGUUGUGAUUAACAGGAUUAUUCCGGAACAGAGAGACUGAAAAAGCUGGGCCAUGAGAAAAACUUUCUGGGGAGGAUAUAAGUCAAAAUCAAAAACACAACAAUUUUAUCCGUCGAGGUCAGGCGGUCAUUGGCCCAUUCUUGUUAGUCCCCCCCAACCGUAUCGAUACCCUUUUUGUGUGUGUCUGUCCUCGAUGAAUAUUCAAAUAAGAUAAGAAGUGAACGACAUCUGACCGAGGCUAAAAGAAAGGGAAAUAAGAAACAAAAUAAAUCCAAGUCAAAAGGAAAUAAAAGAACAGUUUUGUUUGUUUGUCUGUUUUUUGAAGUAAAAAGUUGACAAUAGAAAUGGAAAAAAAGAAAAAAAAAAAGAUGCGAACGACCGUGACUGAACUCGAGUGAACCAGGUAGUUGUGUGUGUGUGUGGAGUUUGCGGGACUUGAGCGCCGCCGCUGCCACCCGGCGGGAACGACCGCAAUCAACCCCGCACACACACACACACACACACACACUAGCCCAAAAGUUAUUUAGUAUCAACUCUUUUUCUUUAUUCUCCACUCUCUCGGCCAUGCACGCGUUCUCGAAACCAAAAACCGUAAAACGUAUUGUCCCAAUGUUAUACACUGCCUCCAUUGAAAAUGGAUGUUUUCUUUCGGCACAGUACCGUUUCAGCUUUUGAUUAUUGCAAAUAAGUUUAAAUCCUACGAUUUUUGCGAUGAUGCUACAAGUUGAUUCAAAGAUUAACUUCUAUCAACUGUAAACCGAAUUACAAAAUAGCUUGUUUUCUGUAAAUGAGUUUCAACUUACUCAGAGCAAUUCAUUUGGUCCGAGUUUGUUAAUCAUAUCAAAGUAGAUGAAUCCAGAAAAAUGAGAAGUUGAUAGGUGGAAAUGGUGGCAAGUUGGUGGAUUGGUGUAAGUAGACUAUGGAGAUCAAUAAAAAGUUGGUCAAAGACUUUCGGUCAGAGACUUGACCGGUAAAAAGAGAGUGCAACGUCCAAACGAUGAAAGGGAAAAGCGCAGGUGUGUGUCGGUCACCCUCCCGGAGAAGAAAAAACCGUUACAUGUACGACGGGAUUUAUCGUCCAGCUGCGGGAAAAAAUAUAAAGAAUUUUCCCCAAAAAAAGUUUUGCUAACCAAGCCCGCCCCAAAGUCGUAAAGAAGAAAAAAACACCUUUCCUCUACCACCUAAAGAGUUGUGUGUGUGUGUGUAUAAUCAUAACAACGGCCGGCAACGUGAGCAGAGGACGUUCGGCCAAGGUGGUGCGUUGACCUCCUUCUCCUUUCCUCUUAGUACACAUUUCUUAUAGAGAUGUUGAUUCUUGUUAUCUGAAUUGUUUUUUGGUUUGGUUUUUUCUUCUUUUAUUUCUUCAUUGGGUAUUCCAAACGCCAAGUUGACAAAAUCCGGGGAAUAACGAAAGAACUGUCGCCAACGGUUGGUUUGUUUUAAUUUGGUAGUGUCAACACACUCCCGAAUUCAACUCCCGACAGAAGAUAAAAGAAAACAAUACGCAGACACUGGGGAUGUAAUUUAUUUUUUACGGGAGCGUAACGCGCUACCAGGCAGAUAACCCGUUACUUGUUGUUUUUCCCCUCAUUUCUUGGAACAACAGCGAAAAGGCAAAGCAGUUACACAUCUUAAAUUUAGAAAAAAAGAAAUAUAAAAGAUUUGAUGGGAAAUUAUUGGCUAAUACACAAUUCCUUUGAAUCCGGCCAAUGACCAAGUGCAACAACCCCUUUUGGCUUCUAGUUGUUGUUGUUGACAUUUGCUUCCAUUCAUCCGAAAUUGUUUUGUUGUUUUUUAGUUCAAUCAACCUGCUGAUUAACCCUCCUGUGAUUCUGUCGACCUUGAUUUGAAACAAGGUCACGAGAACCCCCCCAUUUAACUCUCGCUGGAAGCUCCUGGAAAGAAAAGACCAAUGAACCCGAUUCACCUUUUCUCAUGGCCUUAAUUUCGAACGAAACCAUCAACGAGUUUGACAUUUCCUACGUGAUGGUACACACGAGCAGACGAAGAAGAAAAACAUUUCAAGGCCAGAAAAUGGGUUUUUUGUUGUGUUAAAAAAAAAGAGUCUUUUGGGUAUCCGGAGAGUGAAGGACACACUAGUGGCCUCUUGUUUGAUUUAUCUCUUUUUUCUUCCUACCCAUGGACAGCAGCUCCCUUUUACCUGUUCUCACGACUUUUUAGACAAGGCUCCUUCUUAAAUGAUAAUCACGAUUCGACUGCUGCUGCUGCUGCGUGCUGCGGCACAACUCCCCAAGUUCAACGCCCGGCACGCAGGAGCAUUGGCACCGGCGGCUGAACGCCGAGUCUACCAGCCAGAGAGACUUAAAAAAACAAAAACCUUCUAUUUCCUUUUAUGAAUUUUUAUUAAUUCAACUGCUGCGCACCUUGACAUUGCAACAACGGAAACAAACUUUUUGAGUCAAUUUUCCUUGAAAUUGAAACUUGAAUUUUUCAGACGACAAAAUUUUUAUUUUAAUUCUUCUCUACCGUAAGUCGGAGAGAAAUGGACGAAAAGCGCAAAGUCGGCGUCGUGAGCGUGAAGCAGUUCAAGGUAGAUAACCUCUUGGAAACGGCGGCGGUUAUAGAACCCACCUCCUCGUCGUUUCCUUAUGGCCACCUCCUCCCUCCUCCUCCUGCUUCUUCUUCAUUCCCUUUGGGCAAGUGGGGGGGGGCGACUUUAGGGGCCGGUACUUUCACUCUCAUCUUUUAGUCGCUAGAUGUUCGCCUCUGCGCACACACUACUACACUCUCCCCCCUCCCCAACAAGAAAAGAGAGGACCACUCUAUUCGUAUUAAGGUGGAUUUUUGGAAACACUUUCUUUCAGUGUCUUGUUCAUCGCCGUCGUGUGCGAAAGUGAUCGAAUUCGGUGCCUUUUUAUAUUUUGAAUUUUGAAAUUUUGACAAAAGGGAAUUUGAUUAUUUUUUAUCCAAACCAAAAAUGAGAAGUGAAAUUGUUGUGGGCGGUGAGAAUGGCAAAGAGCCUACUGAACCUUCAGUUUUAAUGUUGCAAAAUAUGGCGGUACAUCAUCAUCAUCAUCAGGAUCCUUGCUCGCGAUCCGUCAUCAUCCAUCCGCCGUCGCAUCAUCAAGUUGUUCAGCAACAAAUGGUGAACGAUGUCGUUCAUCCGCCAGUUUCAACAAUGUUUGCACCUCCUUUGCCCAUUCAGAAUGAGAGGAGAGAAUUUCGUGAGCCUGAACUCGAUAUAGAAUUUGACGGAACGACUGUCCUGUGCCGCGUUUGCGGAGAUAAAGCUUCCGGCUUCCAUUAUGGCGUCCAUUCGUGUGAAGGCUGCAAGGGUUUCUUCAGACGGAGCAUUCAACAAAAGAUCCAGUAUCGGCCGUGCACCAAGAAUCAGCAGUGCUCCAUUCUGCGCAUCAAUCGCAAUCGAUGCCAAUACUGUCGACUCAAAAAGUGCAUCGCUGUCGGAAUGAGCCGUGAUGCUGUUCGAUUUGGUCGUGUACCGAAGCGGGAAAAGGCCAAGAUUUUGGCGGCCAUGCAGUCGGUGAACGCCAGACUGGCUGAGCGUUCGCUUCCGGCCGAAUUUGCUGAUGAAGUUCAGUUGAUGCAAUCUGUCGUCCGUGCCCACAUGGAGACGUGCGAUUUCACCCGCGAAAAAGUCCAAAUUUUGAUGGCCGAUGCCCAUCGCCAGCCCAACUACACGGCCUGCCCACCCACUUUGGCUUGCCCGUUGAAUCCGACGCCAGCGCCUUCCAACGGCCAACAGCAAUUGCUGCAGGAUUUCUCCGAGCGCUUCCUUCCGGCCAUCCGCGAUGUGGUGGAAUUCGCCAAACGUUUGCCCGGCUUCACCCUAUUGGCCGAAGACGAUAAAGUCACGCUCUUGAAACCCGGAGUCUUUGAAGUACUUCUCGUUCGAUUGGCCGCCAUGUUUGACUCACAGAGCAACACCAUGCUGUGCUUGAACGGCCAACUACUAAGAAGGGACGCCCUUCACAAUUCGUCCAACGCCCGAUUUUUAAUGGAUUCCAUGUUUGAAUUUGCCGAGAGACUCAACAGCCUGGCACUUAAUGACUCUGAAUUGGGUCUCUUUUGCGCCGUUGUCGUCAUCGCUGCCGAUCGACCCGGAUUGAGGAAUGUGGAAUUGGUGGAGCGGAUGCAAUCGAAAUUGCGAUCCGUCUUGGAGAAUGUUUUGAAUCAAGCCCAUCCUGACAAGGCUGGACUCUUUUUGGAAUUGUUGCGCAAGAUUCCCGACCUGCGCACGCUCAACACCCUUCACUCUGAAAAAUUGCUGGCCUUCAAGAUGACUGAGCAACAACAACAACAGCAGCAACAACAACAACAACAUUAUAAUCAUCAUGCGCAGCAGCAGACUCCUCCCCCGACUGCCAGUCCUUGGCACAAUGACAGGGACAGCUACGACGAAGAAGGUGGCGCCAAGAGUCCGAUGGGAUCCGUGUCCAGCAGCGGCGCUGAAUCGAUUUGCUCCGGCGUCGAAGGCACCUCGUCGAUGAGCGAUUUGCCGCUAUUGGCCGCUGUUGCCGGAAGCGCUGUGCCGCUCAUGUCUGGCGGCUCACACCGACGCCGACUUCGCGGCCCGUCCGAGAACGGAUCAUCUUCCAUGUCGAGCGACGGUGAAGAAAUGGAUUCCACCGGCCGUUCUCUGAUGAGGAUGGUUGAAUCGCCUCCGCGGACCCACAGCGCUGGAGCCGGAAGCAAUGCUGGCAGCAGCUGCCCUUAUUCAAAGAUGCGCAAAUUGGAUUCUCCGGAUGAUUCCGGAAUCGAAUCGGGUGUGGAUCGCUACGAGAAAAUGUCGACGGCUUCCCGGUCGACCAACACGUCCCUUUGCUCAUCACCGCGCUCUUCACUGGAAGACAAAGUCAAGGAAGUGGAUGAGAUGCAACAUCAUCACCACCAUCAUCAUCAUCAUGCGGCUCCAUCGGCCGGUGGCCGUGUAGGCCAGUCGAGCGUCGACGACAUGCCCGUCUUGAAGCGAGUCCUUCAGGCUCCGCCUCUUUUCGACACCAACUCUCUGAUGGACGAGGCGUACAAACCGCACAAGAAAUUCCGGGCUCUGACGCGUUGCGCCGGAAGCAAAGGCGAAGAAUCGCCGAUGCGAGUGCCGGCCGUUAGCUCGCCUCCUCGCAGCUCGCCGACCUCUUCCUCUUCAUCGUCUACGUCGACCGUGAGCGUCUUGUCUGCGGCUCUCAGUUCCCCUCCGGGCACGUACUCUGCCCUGUGCAGUGCCUUGACGUCACCUCCGUCGACGUCGUCGUCUUCGUUGCUGGCGUCUUCGUUGUCUUCGGGCGUCGUCAGUUCGCUGACGUCGACCCACUCGACCCUGGCCCGUUCCCUGAUGGAAGGUCCCAAAAUGGUCAGCACCGAACAGCAGCGCCGCGCCGAUCUCAUCGUCGCCAACAUUAUGAAGGGCAACGUGACGGGCUCAUCGCCCACACCUUCAUCGUCCAGCCAAAACUAUUGUCUGUCACCCCUUUCCAGCAGCAGCAGCAGCAGUAACGGACAACAACAACAACAAAGAACCGUUUUGACUUCCGGUCCACUUUACGCCGGCUCAUCUUCGCCAUCUAGCUGGAAUUACCACCACCACCAGAGGUCGUCGCCAGUGUCUCCUCCACAUCACCACUCUAGCCCAAGUCCCAGCAGCAGCCGAAUUCCGCAACAACAACAACAACAGCAACAACAGCCGGAAUCGGUUUCUUCAGUUGGAGGCGAUUCACAACCGUUGAAUUUGUCGCUCAAGUCGCCCUCGUCGUCGCCGGCCAGGCCAACGACGCCAGUCACGCAACACAACAACACUCACUAUUUCCCCCUUCACGCCUAAAAAUGAUUGACGAAGAGUUUCUCUCACCGUACCUGUGGAUUGUGUGUGUAUGUGUGUGUGUGUGUGUGUGUUGGAUGGGGUGAGGAGGAGGAGGCAUGGGGGUGAUGGGGCAACUAUUAAGCGUAAGAGGAUCCCAUUUUUUGGUUGCAUCGUCAGCCGUGUUUUUGAUUCGAUCCCUUUCAACAACUACAACAACAACAACAGCAGCAAACAACCAACACCCUUUAAAAAAAAAAAUUCUUGUACAGAAUAAGAAACUGUAAACUAGUUCUUCGUUAUCACCAGCAUCAGUGUCGAUUAUUCUACUCGGUCUUUAUAUAAUUAUCUAUCCCCCCCCCCACACUCCCGACCGAAUCUUAUAUAUAUAUAUAUACAUAGUAUAUACACUUGAGUUUGAUGUUCUACAUGAUAUGAUCCAUUUUCCUCGUUCAAAUUGAAAGGAAAAACAAAAAAAAAACUCGAAUCGCGGAAUUUGCCUCGCUGUUAAACAGUCCCAUUUCGAAAUUGGCGCGCGCGCAUUUCUUUUAAAUUUUUCAAAAACUUUCUUUGCGGGAACAUUAUUUUUUCAUUUGCUGUGUUUAGCCGGUGGCGUCCAAGACGCAUUUUCUCUGUGCUGUAUUUUUUAUUUUGAAUCCCGACAACAAGGAAAGAGAAUGUUUGUUAAAUUAAAUCGCCCACUAUUUCGACGAGGUUAUUUCCUUCUUCGUAAAAAUUUAGAGAGAAGCCCUCUAUCAAGAAAUUGUCCGUGUAUCGUUUGUCGUCACACCUGCUCGACCUAAAAAAAUUUGUUUAAAAUAUUUUCAAUUUUUUUUUUCAUUUAAAAAUUAAUUUCCCGUACAACUCCCGUACGAGCAUGUGACGGUCGAUCUCGACAUGAUUUUUUCUUUUUUCGUUUCAUAAUUUUAAAUUUGUCCCCUUAAACAAACAAAAACAAAAAAAAAAAGAAAACAAUUUCGUAUGCUUUUGUGAUUUUUACGACGGACAACCCAUUUCCUGUGAACGACAGAGUGAGAGAGAGUGAUGGAAGGGUUUGAAAACAUUUGGGCAGGAGCUCCUUCCAUGUUUACCGUGUGUGAGUGUGGCAAUCGUAUUGAUGAUUGUUUUAUCCCAGUGGAAGACACACCUUUUUCUUCGUAUGUUUUACACCCCCUAUCUUUAUAUAUAUUAUAUAUAUAUAUAUAUAUAUAUUAUUACAACAAAAAAAUCUAAUAGUGUGUCAAUUUUUGUGUUUCUGUCAACAUUUCGGGGGUCUCUUUUUCGGAUUGGUUGAGGGGAGGGCAAAAAAACAAAAACCGAGUGAUGGAUAAAACUUUUUUCUUUUGUCAAGUUUCCCUUUUUCUAAAUUGUAACUUGUGUCCAUGAGUUGCAAUGCACUCGGAAUUUCUGUACUUUUUUAUUUCGGUUUUUGUGUUUUUCUGUGGGAAUUAUGGAAACAAAAGUGAUUUUCUCUCUCUGUCGUUUACUUUCAAAAUUCUGUUUUUCAAUUGUUGCGUGUUUCGGUUUUCUAUUUGCAAAUUCUUUUUCUGUUGAUCGAAAGAAAUUGUCAUCCUCCCUACCCUCCAUAUAUAAUUCUAUAACGGAAUGCCUGUGUAAUGUGUGUGUAUCUGCGGAAAAAAUUUCAAAACUGUACGUGCCGUGUGUUCUCUAAUGACCGGUUAAUGUAGCGCAUUUCACGUGCGCAAUCUAGACAUUACAAUUAUGCAAGAAUGUCAAA